AUGGCUUCCAAGACAGUUGCUUUUUUCGGCGCAAGCACGGGUAUAGGUCUUUCGGCGCUGAAGCAUUCUCUCGCUGCCGGUUAUCAAUGCGUCGCGCUUUGCAGGAACCCGUCCAAACUUACCUCAAUAUUUACAAGUGAGAACACGCCCAAUCUUAAAGUCAUACAAGGGAACGCGCAUGAUUCGGCGGUUGUGACUCGCUGUCUCGAAACCCCAGACGGUAAACUUGUUGAUGAGAUAGUUUUCACUAUCGGAGGAAAGCCUAUCCCGUCAAAAAUGACUAUUGACGACCCACAUGUCUGUGAGAAGGGAAUUAUAGCUAUCCUUAAUUCCAUCAUCACACUCAGAGAGCAAGGUGUCAUCGGCAGACCACAUAUCAUCGUAUGUAGUAGUGCCGGUAUGUCCAAGUUCGGGCGAGACAUACCUGUCGCCUACGUCCCAUUAUGCUUCCUCCUUCUCAAGGUCCCUGGCGCGGACAAGAAAAUCAUGGAAAAUAAGCUCGCCACGAGUAGUGAGGACUUCACCAUCGUGCGGGCGGCUAUGCUCCUUAUCGAUGGCGAAACAGAUCAGCCAAUCCGUGUUGGCAUCGAAGACCCGAAAACCGGGAUUGAAUCCAAAGCUAUCGGAUAUAGCAUCUCGAGGGAGGAUGCGGGCAAGUGGAUAGCACAGAAUCUGGUAAUAGAGAGGAACCAGAAAUAUCUUAACAAGACUGCGACGAUCUGUCCGGGACCACUUUGGCCGCUCACGCAGUUCGCCCGCGCCGAUAUCUGCUAUACGCUUCUUUUCUCGUCGCACCGACUGCCAGUUCGACAGUCAAGAGCACCAGCACCAGCAAAGCCGUUCCACAGCACCGCAGGCCUCCGAGAUGAGCAGAUCGACAACUCCCGGAACCACUAUGAGACGCUGAAACUGCAGCCGGGCGCAACGCCUGCUGAUAUUAAAAAGUCCUUCUACGCCCUCUCCAAAUCCCACCACCCCGACCACAAUCCCUCCAACCCGCACGCCUCGCGGCGCUUCAUGCGCAUCAGCGAGGCCUACUCCAUACUCUCGAUCCCCGCCAAGCGCGCCGCCUACGACCGGGACACAUUGCGCCUACACCACCCCUCCUCCCCCUCCCACCCCCACCACCGCGGCUCCUACAGCAGCACCAACCCCGCCGGCGGUCGCCCCGCCUCGGGCCUAAGCCGCCGCCGUGGCACUUUCCAGGGCCCGCCACCGAGUUUCUUCCGCAGCGGCGGAUGGGGUGCCCACGGCGCCAAGCGUCGCGCCGCGCAUGAUGAGAGUACUGGGUCCGCUUCCUCUACGUCCUAUGCCUCAUCUUCUUCCACUUCUCAUACCUCCGGAGGAGGUACAGGCUCCUUCGGCGCAGGGGGCAUGGGACCAGGACAAACGCCCUUUGGCCGUGGCGCCGAAGACGACGUCCCGCACUUCGACCGGGUAUCGCAUGAGCGCACGGGCCGGCAUAUCGAUAGUCGGCGAGCAGUGCGGCGCGCGCAUCUCGAUAGUCAGCACAUCAACAUUGAGCCGGAGCGGAGCACCACCGGCAUGUUCUUCCUGAUUGGCGGUGUACUGGUGCUGAGCGUACUGGGCCCAUUCGUGAUCAGCAGGAUAUGGAAUCGGGGUAGCGGGGCGGGGACAAAAGCUAGAGAGGAAGGGGAAAUAGGAUUCGUUAGUUCGGCGGCGCAGUAG